AUGAGGGCAGCAUGUCGUUUCGCUAAUCGAUUGCCUUAUCCGCGGCCCUCUUCACGACGACAUCUGUUGACACUCGCGAUCGAAACGUCGUGCGACGAUACGAGCGUUGCCCUCUUGGAAAAACACCAGAAUGGAUCCGCAACUCUGCACUUCGACUCAAAGAUCACUUCGGACAAUCGAAUCUAUGGAGGAGUUGCCCCAAUUGUCGCACAUGAGUCUCACCAGAAGAACAUCGCUGUGCUAGUGGAAAAGGCUCUGCUUUCGCUCCCAGUGGCACACAAACAAGAUGCUUCUCCCGGAGGUUAUGACUGGAGUCGCACUGUGGCCUUAGGAAACGGCAGUCUGACGACAUUUCGAAGGAAGCCGGCCUUUGUUACGGUCACUCGUGGGCCCGGAAUGAGAGCUAGCUUAAUCACUGGAAUCGACACAGCGAAGGGCUUAGCAGUAGGAUGGCAAGUUCCACUUCUAGGUGUAAAUCAUAUGCAGGCUCAUGCUUUGACACCACGUCUGGUAGCUGCACUUAACCACCCACAAGAAGAAAUGAUAACCAAGACACUGGAUCCGCCGUUCCCUUUCCUCACGUUCUUAGUGUCCGGAGGCCAUACAAUACUGGUUCAUUCCAAAGGGCUAUGUGAUCAUGAGAUACUCGCGGAAACAAACGAUCUUGCAAUAGGAGACAUGCUCGACAAAACAGCUCGGGACAUUCUACCAGAAGCGAUUCUCAAGUCUGCGCCUGAUGUUAUGUACGCGCGAAGUUUGGAGGCUUUUGCUUUUCCCGAAGAGGGCACAUCACAAUAUGAGCGAUUCGAGAAAGAACGGCGAAAGUCUUCGAAACCUUUGUAUGGGUGGACUGUCAACACGCCCUACGCGAAGUUGGGACCAAGAAUAGCUGCCACCUACAAGCAUGAGUUUUCAUUUUCCGGCAUAGGCAGCUGCGUCAAAGGGAUCGCUCAGGCAAGAACAGAUAUGGAUACACCCGAGCGACAACACCUUGCUAGAGAAGCCAUGCGAGUUACCUUUGAACAUUUGUCGUCUCGUGUGGUGCUAGCUCUCAAAGGUGGUUCAUUGCAAGGUAUCAAUACUCUAGUUGUGUCUGGCGGAGUUGCAAGCAAUAAAUAUCUGAAGCAUGUUUUACGAACGGCUUUGGACAAAGACGGAUACCACGAAAUCUCCCUUAAUUUCCCUCCGCCUAAAUAUUGUACAGACAAUGCCGCGAUGAUCGCUUGGACAGGUAUGGAAAUGUUCGAAGCUGGUUGGAGAACAGAGCUCAGCGCCAUGGCAAUCAGAAAAUGGUCCGUUGAUCCGAACUCCACAGAAGGGGGCAUCUUGGGUUUAGAUGGGUGGUUGAAUGUGAAGUCGUGA